AUGUGGGCUAUCUUCAAGAUAUUCUCGGGCGCAGUCUACCUGCUGUCCAUCAUCCUCUCAAUACCCAUCGCCUUCGAUGUCGGCGGUCGCGACUCUGGCCUGGCCUACAGCCUGUCCAUCUUCCUCUUCUACUUCUUCUACAGCUUCGUCAAGGCCAUAACCCCAAAAGAUUCACGGCUGCGGUCGGCCUUGACAAACCUCCUCGGCACCCUGCAGUGGAUCGUUCUUCCCAGCCUUCUCAUCUGGUCGCUCAGCCGUUUCUCCGUCGAUGCCGGCUCCACCGACUGGGUAUCCAGGACCCUUGGUCAUAUUCGCCCCGCCGCCAAAUACACAGAGAGUUGGCACGAGUGGUUCUUCGGCCAGGAUGGUAUGCUGGAGCAUUUGACUCUGGGCGGAUGGGACAACGGGCUAAGUUACUCGAGCCCCGUCUUCCAGUUGCUCGAGGGUUUCUGCAGUCUGUUGGUCAUCCAGGCCGCUGGUCAGAUUACACGGUGGCUCGUAAACAGGGGUCGGAGCGAUACUUGGAUAAUUGUGCUCGUCGUCUUCUCCGGCUCCAUCAUGGCCACCGCAGUCUACUUCCUCUGGCGCGUCGCCAGGUUCCCGCAGAUCGGCAACCUCGACGCGACCUUGAUCGGCGUCACAAUGACCUCGGCAGUCUUUCUCUGCGCCUUCGGAAUCGGCAGCGGCCGGGGCAACCCGGUUGAAUCCUCUUUGCUGUUUGCAUAUGUCGUGCUCUGCGUCUACCAGAUUUUCACUGACUACCUCCCGUCGCCGGCCGGAGCAGCGGCGCAAGCGCUGGCCGAGGAGCAGGCCGCGGCCGCGCAGCCAGAUUUCCCUCCUCUUCCGCCAAUAAUCAUGGCAUCGUACUCAACACUCCUCCAUAUGCUUGGACAGCUCCCCGACGCCAUCAGCUCCUCCCUAACUUUCCUGUGGGCCGCCUUCCAGACCAUCACGCCAAGCGUCAUCAUCUCGCUCACCUACCGAAUCAUUGUCUUCUACUGCGCCACGCGGAUCAUACCGGCUGUGCGAGAGUCGGGUGCCCGGGCAUUGAUGGACGAGCCCUCCAAUCUGGAUGACUCCUCCGACGCCGCGAACAAGCUCAUGAGCUUCUUGUCUUGGUUCUCGCCAUCCAUCCUGAUCGCCGUCUACACAAGCCUGCUUCUGCAGCACUUCUCGGUCGCGGCGACGGACGGCGACGGCAUCGGCUGGACCCUCAGAGGGGGCGAUGCAGGCGGCAACUUGUGGCGCUGGAUGAAUGUUGCUGCCACAAUGGGCCUGUACGCCAUUGAGCUGUACCUUGGCAAGGAUGAGGUGGAUCACUGGAAAAUCGACUGA